GAAUUAGCGCGACGCGCGUUGACAGAUGUGUGAAAUGUGAUGGAAUUAUUAUUUUUCUUGUAACUGCCACUUAAUUAUUGUUAUUUUCGGUUAAUUUCACAUAUUUUAAUCAUUAAAACAAUGUGGCAUGAGGCAAGAAGGCAAGAACGAAAAAUUCGUGGCAUGUUGGUGGAUUACCGGCGAAGGGCUGAACGACGCCGAGAUUUCUAUGAAAAAAUCAAAGCCGAUCCAACUCAAUUUUUACAAAUCCAUGGAAGACAAUGCAAGAUUCAUUUGGACCCCUCUAUAGCAGCUGCUGCAGACAGUGCUUCAGCAAUGAUGCCAUGGCAAGGACAAGCGGAUAAUUUAAUUGACCGUUUUGAUGUAAGAGCACAUUUAGAUUUUAUACCACCUGUUAAAAAGGAAGAAGAGGAAGAAUUGACCUUUGAAGAACGCCAAAUUAAUUACGAACGGUACAGGAUCAUUGCCCAAAAUUCGUUUCUUAGCAUCAAUGAAGAGAAAUUUUUGAAACAAUUACACUUGGAAGAACAGUUUGGCUACACUGAAUCUAAAUCAAAGAAGGAGCAAAGAACUGGAGGUGCUAGUAUUGGGUUCAACUACGAGGACAACACUGCACAAACCUUGGGGCCAGAUUAUAACAAUGACGAUGAAUCAGAUGGCAAUUCUGAUUCCGAUUUAGAUGUUGACUUGUCUAUAAAUGUUUCAAAAAUGGAUUCGGUGCAAGCACAUGAGAUGAAUCGUCACGGCAGAAAUUUUGGAAUGAGCUCAAAUGAUUUUUAUUCAUUUCUUACUAAUGAUCUUGAGGAGGCUGAAAGUUUCCGACUUGCCAAAGAAGAAGAACAUGAAAAAGCCUUAUUUUCAGGACGAAAAUCGAGAAGGGAGCGCCGAGCCCAUAGGGAAAAACGUUUGGCUAAUAGAGUCAUAAGCCCUCCUAGUUAUGCCGCAAGGACAUCACCUACUUAUCCUUCAUUUAGGAAGAGUAAAUCGCCUUCAAAAUCACCGACGCCGGAAAAUAGCGGGAAAAUUACGUAUAUUACGUCUUUUGGCGAUGAAGAAGAAAGUCCUUCUACUAGCAAACCAAACAGUAGUGAUAAAACAAAGGCUAAGAAGAGAAGAAGAAAUUCAAGUUCCGAAAGAACUGUAUAUAUUAGAAGAAGCUACAGCAAAGAUAGAAAUUAUAAAGGAAGAAGAUCAAGGAGUAGAGAUUCAAGAAGUCGCUCAAGGGCAAGGCGGAGAAGUAGUUCGAGGGAUCGAUACAGGAAGUCACGAUCGCGUUCUAGAGGCCGCAGCCGCAGUUAUCGUCGAAAACGUUCCAGCAGUUCUUCAUCUGUGUCUUCAUCUUCGACUUCUUCAUCUUCAUCCAAGAGUAAAUCUCGUUCUUCGUCGCCGAAGUAUCGCAAAAAAUCAUCAUCAUCUCGCUCUCCCAGUCCUGUGAAAAAAUCAAAGUCAAAAAGCCCCGAGAAGAAAGAAUCGCCUCCUAAAAUCGUUUCUCGAUACUACGGAAGGAAGAAAAGUGACCAAAGUUCGUCGGAAUUAAGCGAUACAAGCAUCAAGGAUGAGGAAAUGAAAGUGGCAAAUAGCCCGUUAGUUUUAGGGUAUUUAAAAAAAAAAUCUAGUUUGUGUUCUUAUAGGGUCAACACUGAAAAAUGGUCUGGCUAUGGUAAUUCUGGCUCCGUGACCAAAAAAACUGGUCAGAAUUUGAGUAUUCAAGAGCGCCUUAAACGGAAACGCCAAGCCUUAUUAAAUAAACAAUUCAAAGCUGAUAAAAUCGCGGAACAAUUAAAGACAGAGCGGGAAAAACAGGAACAGCAGACCAGAGAGCAUGAGUUGCGCGAAAUGGCAAUCAAAUUGCGUCGAAGACAAAGAGAAAAACGUCACGCUUAUGAUAGCAAUAAAAGCUCAAACAGUUCUGAUUCUGAUUCUAGUAAAAGUAAAAGUCCGCCUCCCACAGUUGAAAAUAGAGAAGAUGAAUCGCGAGCAAUAAAAACACGAAGAAGACAAAGGGAAAAACGUCACUCUUCAAGUAGUUCUGAAUCUGACUCUAUCAAAAGCAAAAGUCCGCCUCCUCCGACGCAAAAUGUUCCAACUUACAAUUCCUACAAAACCGAAAAUAAAACAAGAAGUCCCAGUCCACAUGCAAGCAGAAGAGACGAUUACCGAGAAUCGAGAAGAAGAGAUACUAGUAGGGAAAGAAGAGAUCACAGUCGUGAUAAACGCUCAUCAAGGUCACCAAGAAGGUGCAAUGAUAAGAAAACUGUAUACAGAGAUAGAAGGGACAGAAGAAGAGAUGAUUAUGAACGGGACAGGGAUUAUAAAAGAGAUAGUUAUGAUCGGGAACGAGAUAGAGACAGGAGAGAGGAACGUGGUAGCCGCUCUUUAGUGGAUUACUGAUUUAAAUUAUGAUAAGUUUUUGUUUGUAAUAAAAUUAUUUAGUAGAGCCCACACAAGUAAUUUUUUUGGAAGGGUAAGUGAUGUAACACUGCGUAUUGUAAUAGUUAAAAUGUGAGAAAAUAAAGGUUGAGGCGGAA